CCACCCCUUCAUUUUUCAAAUUCUUCUCGACCGUUUCACUCUCUCUCUCUCUCUCUCUCUCUCUAGUGAGCAUUUGCAGGUCCUUCUCUGUACCAGAAAGUAGAACAUACUUAGUCAAUAGGAUCUGCAAAUCGCAUAGACUCGGUUGAAUUCUCUCUCUCUCGCUGAAUUUCAAAACUCUGUUCGGCUCUGGUGGACAACAGUGAUGGUUCUCAGAAGAUGAGGCCUUUGCACGGGAGGACUACUGGUCCGAAAAGGCGAUCGACGACAGGAAAAUGGACUGCCGAAGAGGACGAGAUAUUGCACAGAGCGGUUCAACAUUACAAAGGAAAAAGUUGGAAAAAAAUAGCGGCAUGUUUCAAAGAUCGAACAGACGUGCAGUGUCUGCACAGGUGGCAGAAGGUCUUAAAUCCUGAACUCGUCAAAGGUCCAUGGACUAAAGAGGAGGAUGAGGUAAUAAUCCAGUUAGUGAAUAGAUAUGGGGCAAAGAAGUGGACAACCAUUGCAGAAGCAUUACCUGGACGUAUCGGAAAGCAGUGUCGAGAAAGGUGGCAUAACCAUCUUAAUCCUUCCAUAAACAAGGAACCGUGGACACUGGAAGAGGAGCUGGCUUUAAUUUGUGCUCAUCAACAUUGUGGGAACAAGUGGGCUGAGUUACAGAAAUUUUUGCCUGGAAGGACAGACAAUGCAAUAAAAAAUCACUGGAACAGCUCUGUGAAAAAGAGGUUGCCGUCUUAUAUGGCAUCAGGAUUACUCGAAAAGUUUCAAGGUCUGCCUCAUGUAGGAAUACCUAGGUCAUCAUCAGUGGGGAUGCAACAGAUUCAAGUGGAUGGGGUUGAAGAAGAUGAAACUUCACAAUGUAGUCAAGGAUCAAUAGAGGCCAACUGCUCCCAAUUUGAUUCAGGAACAACAUAUGCAAUGGGAAAUAUUAGGACUGAGGAAUCUGAUCGUGGAAAGGGGCCAAAUAUGGAGCAAUAUUUUUUACAUGAGCCUGAAACUCAUGGAAGUAAGGAUUGCGAGUUUAGUUCCCAUGAAUCGCCCAACAUCUUUGUGGAUGUAUCACUGGAAUCAUUAGAAUUGUUUGGAACAUCUGCAAACUGUAAAUGUGUAAAUGAAAGCCAUGACAAAGCCUGUAUUGCGUCACAGAGCUCUGCUGCUACAAUGGAAAACAUGCCUGAUGAUUCUGAAAAAAUGGAUCACCUAUUGAUAUCUGAGAGCGAUUUACUUGAGAUUGCAUUCUCAGAGACGGGGAAUCCUGGAAGAUUUUUUUAUGGGAAUGUGACAGAACAAUCAAAUAACCUGGAUGGUGGCACAGUUUCAAUGAUUUGCCCAUCUGGCUCUCAAAUAACUUCUGCUUUGGGGCCAUGUGCCGCCCCUCUAGAGGAUGCCUCGGGAGGAAUUUCAGAAUUGGAGGUCAUUACAAGUUCAAGGAAUGACUUUAUCUAUGUCGACUCUCCUGUUAUUGAUGCAGAUGAAAAAGACCACCAUAUGAAGCUAGACCAGGAAAAGAAUGCUCCAAGACUAGUUCCUGUAGAUAUAUUUAGUACGGUAAGCUCAGAUACUAAUGGGACCUUUCCGUCCAGAGAUGAGAACACAGAGAAUCUUUUAAACUCAGAUGAGGCGAAGGUUGCUUCGAAGCUGGCUCCCAGGGAUUUGGCUGGUUCGUUGAACUCAGAUUCUAUGCAAACCCUCUCCUCAAUGGAUAACAGUGCUACUGUGAAUACGGAAGAACAGGAUUCAGGAACUCUGUUUUUUGAACCUCCUCGUUUUCCAAGCUUAGAAAUUCCUUUUUUAAACUUUGAUCUCAUAGCAUCUGGUGAUGAUAUGCAGCAAGCAUAUAGUCCCUUUGGGAUUCGCCAACUACUGAUGCAUCCAAUGAACUUUUCCUCACCACGCAGCUUACGGGAUUCGCCAAUUCAUAAAAGUACUCAAAAUGCUAUGUCGAAUAAUGCUGCCAAGAGCUUCAAAUGUACGCCAACCAUCAUGAACAAGAGACUGCAUGAACCUUUAUCACAGGUUGAAGAAGAGUCAAAGGGAGACAAAGAACUUGGAAAGGACACAAAUACAAGCGCAUUUAGCUUGACCAAUAGUUUUUCUUCUCUGGAAUCAGUUUUAGUCGAGAAUGGAGCUUCUACAAUGCCCAUCUCUUGUACUGGGGAGUUAUUUGAUUCCCCAUUUGACCAGAAAGUGAAAUCUGAAGACUCUGUUCGUGAUAAAGCUAAUAUGGUUAAGAAGGAUAAGAAGGGUACCAUGAGUCCUAAGUCCAAGAUAAACGCUGACACUACCUUCCUAAUUCCUACAGGAGUGCUUGUUGAACGUAACAUAGAUGAUCAGCAUCUCUUUUCUCCUGAUAGAGUCGGACAUCAAACAACUAGAGCCUUGAGUAUGGCAGUUUUAAGUCCCAAAGGCCAAUAUAUUAUAAAGUUGGACACUAAAUCAUACCGAGGUGGGAAUUUAGAGCCAUCAUCUCCGAAAAAUGAAAAGUGUGUAGUUCCAGCUACAUCUACAGAAUGCACACCAUCACUAAAGCAUCUAGAAGCCACAAGUGGAAAUGCUGGGAAUGAUGCUGAUAUUCAAAGCUUUAGCAUUUCUAGGUUUGACGACACUCCAGGUAGAAAGAGAAGAAUUGUAUCUCCAUCAGCAUGGAAGUCUCCUUUGUUCAUAAAUACUGCUCUCCCUGGACCAAGAUUUGAUAUGGACCUUACACUUGAGGAUUUGGCAUACUUCUUGAGCCCUGGGAUGAGAAGUUAUGAUGCCAGAGGGUUGAUGAGGCAGCUGAGUGAGGACACUUCUGCUGUAUUUGACAAUGCCUGGGACGUUUUGACAAGUGAUGAUACUGAAAUGCCCUCAAAGACAGUAUUCUCCAACGACCAAAAUUUAUCUGGAGAGGACAAUUGUUUUCUUCAUAACGAGCGGGAGAAUAUGCCUCCUGGUGUCUUGGGGGAACGACGCGAACUUGAUUUCAGUGGAUGUGGGACGCCUGGAAAGGGCACAGACAAAAAGAAAUUUCCUGAGAACACAAACUCUACAAGCAUUUCAAGCUCGUCAUCUUAUCUGAUGAAGAAUUGCAGAUAGUGAGUUUACUUAUAUGUUAGCCUUACUACUCUAAGUGUGUUUAUAAACAUGUGUGCAGUUUUUAUAGUAUUUCAAUGAAUGUGUCAAGGUUUCAGUUAUGCAGAGUAAUGUAGAUAGUAUAGUUUAUCCAAUACAUUUUGAAGUUGUGCUUGAUUUCAUUUUCAAUGUUUUCAGAUCCGAGGUGUGAUGUAAUAUAAAGUAAAACUGGAGGUGAGAUGUAAUAUAAAUUAUAUGUCCAAUUUAUAAAUAGAGCUUCUGUCUGAUUAUUAUAAUAA